CUGCUCGCUCCGCUCCGCUCCAGCCGCCGCACCCGGAGAGGCUGCUGGGUGGAGAUCGGGGCGCGGCAGAGCCUGGGGGUGCGCGCCUAGCGGGCUGGAGAUGGGGCGGCUCCCCGCGCUGGGGGCGGCCCCCUGAGACUUUAAACCUCACUUAUGAAUGAGAAUCAUCCAGAAGAGAAGACUAAGGACUCAGACUGGCUGUGCAGUAAGCCAUGCACAUGGAGGUAGCAAGGUGCUCUUUCUGGUGGUUCAAGCUCUUAGCCACAAAGCCCUGGUCACUUAUGCUUAUUAUCUUUUCUAUGCAACUUGUAUAUGGGAGCGGAAAGAAGUUCACUCCUUGUGGAGGGAGAAAUUGCUCUGUCUGCCAGUGCUUUCCUGAAAAGGGGUCGCGGGGUCACCCGGGACCACCAGGGCCACAGGGGCCUAUUGGACCGCUGGGACCGCCAGGACCCGCUGGGAUUCCAGGAGAGAAAGGGAUGAGAGGGGUCGGCGGCCCUCCCGGAGCAGCAGGGGAUAAAGGAGAUAAGGGUCCCACUGGCGUUCCUGGAUUUCCAGGUUUGGAUGGCAUACCUGGGCACCCAGGGCCUCCUGGAUUCAGAGGCAAACCUGGCAUGAAUGGCUACAAUGGCUCAAGAGGUGAUCCAGGGUUUCCAGGAGAAAGAGGAGCUCCUGGCCCAGAAGGACCCCCAGGCUUUCCUGGGGAAAAAGGAGAAAAAGGAAAUUCAGUGUUCAUUUCAGGUAGCAUUAAAGGUAGUCAGGGUGACCCAGGGAACCCAGGACCUCCCGGCUUACCAGGAUUAAGGGGUGCUACAGGACCAGCAGGCCCAAUGGGAGUCGCAGGAGAGCCGGGGUUACCGGGACCUCGAGGACAUCCUGGGAGUCCGGGUGUGAAGGGCAAUCCUGGCAUGGGAGUCAAGGGGCAGAUGGGAGACCCGGGUGAGGUUGGCCAGCAAGGUUUUCCUGGACCAACCCUACUGGUACAGCCACCUGAUUCUUGUCUCUAUAAAGGAGAAAAGGGUGUAAAAGGAAUACCUGGGAUGAUUGGACCUCCAGGACCUCCAGGACCCAAGGGAGAACCUGGUUUGGGGGAAAAAGGAGAAAAGGGCAUCCCUGGCUUCCCAGGCCCUCGGGGUGUCCCUGGCUCCCAUGGAUCUCCAGGCUUUCCAGGAUUAAAGGGCAAACAAGGACUGUUUGGAACACCUGGGUCAUUUGGAUUUCCUGGUCCAAAGGGGGAUCCCGGAGACCGCGGGUACCCAGGACCGCCAGGGGUAUUGACGACUCCACCUCUUCCACUCAAAGGUCCUCCUGGGGACCCAGGACUCCCUGGCCGCUAUGGAGAAAAGGGGGCUGUUGGGUUCCCCGGUCUCCCCGGCCCCUCGGGUCGACCAGGGGAAACCUGUCCAGGCAUGAUGGGACUCCCUGGGCCACCAGGCUUACCUGGGCAUCCGGGAGUUCCAGGGGCAGCUGGCCCUCCUGCGAGACCUGAUUCCGCCCCAGGAAAACCAGGGGACCCGGGACCCCCCGGGCUGCCGGGAGCACCAGGACGUCAGGGACCUCCGGGAUCGGAUGUUAUAUAUUGUAGUGUUGGACACCCUGGACCACAAGGACCAAAAGGCAAAAUGGGUCCUCCAGGAAGAAGAGGCUCAAAAGGAGAAAAAGGAAAUGAAGGGCUCUGCGCCUGCAAGCCUGGUCCCAUAGGCUCGCCAGGCCCUCCAGGACUUCCUGGGAGGCAGGGGAGUAAGGGAGACCUGGGGCUCCCUGGGUGGCCUGGAGGAAGAGGUCACCCAGGCCUCCCUGGUGCUGAAGGAUCUCCAGGGCCACCAGGAAAACCUGGUGCCCCAGGACCACCUGGCAACAAAGGAGAAAAGGGAGACAUGGCUGUAUCAAGAGUUAAAGGGCGCAAAGGAGAAAGAGGUCCCGAUGGGCCCCCAGGAUUUCCCGGGCAGCAGGGACAAGAUGGUUGGGAUGGACAUGAUGGAGCAAAAGGGGAUCCAGGACCUCCAGGGGAUCAUGAAGACGCAGGCCGAGGUGAUGAAGGAGCUCCUGGACUGCCAGGCCCCCCUGGCAGAGAAGGACCUAGGGGGCCUCCAGGACUGGGAUUUCCUGGUCCACCGGGACAAAGGGGGCAACCAGGAGACCCAGGCUGCCCAGGCGAGAGGGGCCCUGAUGGUGUGAAGGGUCCGAAAGGUGAUACAAUUGCUUGUAACGUCAGCUACCCUGGGAGACCAGGCCCUCCGGGUUUUGAUGGACCUCCAGGUCCAAAAGGAUUUCCAGGUCCUCGGGGUGCUCCUGGGCCUAGGUGUUUUGUUGGGCAAAAAGGUCGGCCUGGCAGACCCGGAAUAUCGAAAAUACCUGGUCCACCUGGUCUCCGUGGUGACCCAGGUGAUCCAGGUAUUGAGGGUGAGAGGGGUGUCUCUCCCGUCGGGCCCCCAGGCUCUCCUGGUCCACCUGGAGCAAGUGGUCAGAAAGGAGUCCCCGGAGACCCUGCGUAUGGCCCCCCAGGGCCCCCAGGAAAGAGGGGGCUCACGGGAAUGCCAGGGUUAAAAGGCCUCCGGGGCGACCCAGGACAUCCGGGGCCUGCAGGGUCAGCUGGCAUGCCCGGAUUCCCGGGUCUCAAAGGCCCAAAAGGCAGAGAGGGAAGUCCUGGGUUUCCAGGUGUCCCUGGUCCACCUGGCCAUUCCUGUGAAAGAGGCGCCCCCGGAUCACCAGGGCAACCAGGACUCCCCGGGGCUCCUGGCAGUCCAGGUGCCCCAGGUUGGAAAGGACAGCGAGGAGAUAUGGGACCUCCUGGACCAGCUGGGAUGAAGGGCCUCCCAGGAGACCCCGGAAGGCCAGGGAAAGAUGGACCGCUAGGACCGCCAGGAAUUCCAGGCCCCUUUGGGGAUGAUGGGCUACCUGGUCUUCCAGGCCCCAAGGGACCUCAGGGGCUGCCUGGCAAGCCUGGUUUUCCAGGAGAGAGAGGGAAGCCUGGCCCCAAGGGACACCCUGGCAGAAAGGGAGAAGUCGGAGAGAAGGGCUGGCCUGGCGCCCUGGGAGACCAGGGAGCGAGUGGUGCCAAAGGAGAGAGAGGACCCCCAGGAGAUGAAGGAGAAAUGGCUAUAAUUACCAAGAAAGGGAAACCCGGGGAUCCUGGACCUCCUGGAGAUGAUGGAGCCCCAGGAGAAGAAGGUGAUCAAGGCCAUCCUGGGAUGCCGGGGAGAAGAGGGGAGCCAGGAAGACCCGGGCCACCGGGGCUUCACAGAGGAGAGCCUGGUAGAGAUGGGCAGCCAGGGCCUCCUGGAGCCCCAGGCCCUCCGGGCUCCCCUGGGCUCAGAGGGAUCAUUGGUUUUCCGGGAUUUCCAGGUGAUCAGGGUGAUCCGGGUUAUCCAGGGACCCCUGGACUUCCAGGAAUUGAUGGAACGAGAGGACCUAAAGGAAACAAAGGGGAUCCUGCAAAUCAGUUUGGCCCACCCGGUCCAAAGGGUGAGCCAGGCAGCCCUGGAUGUCCAGGGCCUUCGGGAGCUCCCGGAGAGAAAGGCUUGACUGGUGUUCAAGGGCCCAGAGGACCACCAGGAAGACCAGGACCGCCCGGCCUCCCCGGACCAUCAGGGUGUCCAGGUGAUAAAGGGAUGCCUGGGCCAGUGGGACAUCCAGGAGAAACAGGGGAUCCGGGACCAAGAGGCCUCAUGGGGUAUCCAGGGAUACCAGGUCUUCCAGGAAUAAAAGGUCCCUCCGGGUUACCUGGCCUGAACGGCUUGCAUGGUUUAAAGGGUCAGAAAGGAACCAAAGGAGCUUCAGGUUUGAAUGAAAUGGGCCCACCUGGCCCGAUGGGAAUGCCUGGGCUAAAAGGAGAGAGAGGUGACCCCGGGAACCCAGGAACUUCUCCUCCAGGCCUUUGUGGAGAAAAAGGUCCCCCAGGCCCUCCAGGGAGACCUGGACCACCUGGUCCUGCAGGUGCCACAGGAGGACCUCCUAAGGGUUAUUUGCCUGACCCUGGUCAGCCUGGAGAUCAAGGACCUCCUGGCCCCAAUGGCCCAAGAGGACCCCCCGGGCCUCCAGGGCCCCCUGGGAGCAUUGACCUUCUGCACGGGGAUCCAGGAGACUGUGGUCUGCCAGGCCCUCCUGGUCCCUGCGGCCCGCCCGGCCCUCCAGGACCCAAAGGCCUCCCAGGAUGUGAUGGGAAUGAUGGCCAGAAAGGACCAAUGGGGUUCCCGGGGCCACAGGGGCCACAUGGACUGCCAGGGUCACCUGGAGAGAAGGGUGUACCUGGCCCUCCGGGUAGACAAGGGCCCCCUGGGCCUGCAGGUGACAGAGGCGAACCGGGGCCACCUGCAGAUUUGGAUGCCUGCCCCCGAAUCCCGGGGCUUCCUGGGGUACCAGGCCCAAGAGGACCAGAAGGAGCCAUGGGGCCCCCCGGAAAGAGAGGCCCUCCGGGAGCAGGGUGCAAAGGAGAGCCUGGGCUGGAUGGCAGGAGGGGCGAGGAUGGCAUCCCAGGGCCACCUGGGCCUCCGGGACACAGAGGGGACCCGGGAGAAGCCGGCUGCCCUGGAGCACCAGGCCCUCCUGGGCCCAUUGGGGAUCCUGGGCCCAAAGGGGUCGGCCCUGGAUACCUCAGUGGCUUCCUCCUGGUCCUCCAUAGUCAGACGGAUGGAGAGCCUACCUGCCCCAAGGGCAUGCCCAGGCUCUGGACAGGCUACAGUCUGCUCUACGUGGAAGGACAGGAGAGAGCACACAAUCAGGACCUCGGUCUGGCGGGGUCUUGCCUCCCGGUGUUUAGCACACUGCCCUUCGCCUACUGCAACAUCCACCAAGUGUGCCACUACGGCCGGAGGAACGACAAGUCCUACUGGCUGGCCAGCGCCGCGCCCCUGCCCAUGAUGCCACUGUCGGAGGAGGACAUCCGCCCCUACAUCAGCCGCUGUGCUGUGUGCGAGGCCCCGGCGCAGGCGGUGGCGCUGCACAGCCAGGACCAGUCCGUGCCCCCGUGCCCGCGGGCCUGGCGGAGCCUCUGGAUCGGGUACUCCUUCCUCAUGCACACAGGUGCUGGGGACCAAGGAGGAGGGCAGGCCCUCAUGUCACCCGGCAGCUGCCUGGAAGAUUUCCGAGCAGCUCCCUUCCUCGAAUGCCAAGGCCGGCAGGGGACUUGCCACUUCUUUGCAAAUGAGUACAGCUUCUGGCUGACGGCGGUCAAGCCCCACUUGCAGUUUUCCACGGCACCAUCGCCGGAAACCUUAAAGGAGAGCCAGGCCCAGCGCCAGAGAAUCAGCAGGUGUCAGGUCUGCAUGAAGGUCAGCUAGAGAAGCCAGGACUCCCCCACGUGCCACCGAGAGACACUCCCCAGGGGCUCGGUGGUCCCGGGCCGUGCUGAGAUUUAACGGUGCUCAUUUCCGACUCCCGUGAUAGCAGUUCAUCCUGUUUGAUUGCGUUUAUUCCCACAGUACUGUACUUCUCUGUUCUGGACAGGUUAAGCAAAUGCUACGUGUAUGGACAAGGUUGGACCCACCAAUCUAGAUGAAAUCCAGAUCUCCUUAUUUUAUUGGGGAGGAUAGAAGAGCUGGCUUUAUAAUAAUAAUAAAAAAUGCACAGGAAGGCAAAUAGAUGAUAAAGGGCAGAUUACAAGCUACAUUACUGAAAACUCCAUUCAUUGCUCAACAGCACAUCAGACAAUUAAAGUCAGUUACUCUGGAAUAUGGGGCGGCUCCUGGGUGGAUUUCACAGGAAAAAAAUAAAUAGGCCAACAGAUGAAACUGGAAAGGAGAGAUUUCCAACGUUUCAAAAUGAUUUCCUCCGUAGUCUAUUUUUUCCCAUGUACUUUAAAUAAUGGCAAAACCAUGACCCGACGAGAUUUAAAAACAAAAAUCCACACAGCCAGAAUGAACAGCUCAUUUCAAAGCAGGCUGAGGAGCUGUGCCAGAAAGGACCACGCGGCCGUAUUCCGGAGAUGUGGCAUUAGCAUAAACACAUUGCAGAUGAACGUAAAACAUUAUGCUCUCCGCUGCAUCUGUCAGAGGAUGGCGGUGCCUACUCUGGCAAUCCGUUUGAAAAGCAGCAAUUAUGGAAAAAAUAUAUUCAAUGAGGGAUUAAGAGCCUAAAAGCUGUUAAUGAAUAUUAAGACAGUGAUUCACAAAAAUUGACUUCCCAUGGCAGCGAACUUCCAAACAGGCAGCCUUUCCCCAGUCGGGGUCCAGCUUGUCUUCAGUGCGUGCGUACUAAUGGGACGGAGGCCACCUGGGACUUCCCCAGGCAGCUUGCGGCUCAUACAAAGCAUCCCGCUCAGGCCCCCAGCGGCCCCUGCAGAGCUGGCUCGUAGCCCACAGUGGACACUCUGCUUCCUACACAUAAUAGCAUCUCACACCGGGGAGUGAAAGAGCUAUCAUUACGCCCUUCCAAGAAAAUGAAGGGCCGACUUCAUUAAACUUAGGUAAGAAGAUUCCUUUAAGUCACAAUCACCCCACCAGGAAGAAGAAAGAACAGCGUUAUCUUUCGGUGCAACAAAGACAAUUUACAAUGUGA